AUGCCCCAAGAGAAGAUAUUCACAUCCUUCACUCCCGAACAAGCCGCUUCAUACGCAAAGAACCGUGGCCUCAACUAUCCCCAACAACUCUACGACACCAUUCUAGACUUCCACCAAGGUAGCCGCAACGUCGUGCUCGAUGUCGGCACAGGACCCGGCACAGUCGUCUUCAACCUGCUGCCCCACUUCGCCAAAUGUCUCGGCUGCGAUUCUGGCGAGGGAAUGAUUGCGCAAGCAAGACAGACAGCUGAGCGUCUGCAACUGGGUGAGCGAGUUGCCUUCUCGCUGUGCGGUGCCGAAGAGUGUGAAAAGGCGUUCCCGGAGGAGAAGGCCGAUGUCAUUACGGUGGCGAUAGCAGCACACUGGUUCAACCUUGAGCCUUCCUAUGCUGCGGCAGCAAGAGCUCUGGUGACAGGUGGUACUUUGGCGAUGUGGACGUGCAGUCAUAUGUGGGUCCACCCAUCGACACCGAACCAUGCAGAGAUCCAGGCAGUCCUGUCGGACGUCGAGAAUAUGCUGGUCCCGUACAUGACAGCCGGCACUCUGCUCACGCAGAAUCUGUAUCGAGACCUGAAGCUGCCAUGGGACUUCCCCGAGUCGAAGGAGUCGUUCGAUCAAGCAUCGUUCGAGCGGCGAUAUUGGGACCUGAAUGGUAUACCGUCCUCGGCGCCGCUGCCAGAUGGCACUCCUGGACCAUUCGCGCUGAUUAGCGAUCCGAAAGCUUUGCAUUGUUCGGUUUCAAUGUUCGUCAAGGCGCUGGGUUCCACGAGUAGCGUCAUUAGGUAUCGCCAGGCAAAUCCGGAUAAAGCCAACACAGAGGAUGAUUUUAUGCAUGUGGCUGCCAAUAGGUUGCGCGAGGCGAAUGGUGGUAAAGAUGCGCUCUGGAUGAGUCCGAGUAUGUCGUUGCUGUUGCUGCGGCGGUCGUAG